AUGUUUCCUGGGCAAUCCAAUCGUCUGAAUCAAGGACGUGAUGCAAGAGAUCAUGGAUAUGAUGAGCGUUAUGAACGUGACAACCAACAAGGCUAUGGAAGAGUAGAAGCUGGCCAUGGUAGCUAUGGCAGACAAGAAAGUUAUGGUAGACAAGAGGAAGGUUAUGGUAGACAAAAAAGUCAUGGCAGACAAGAAGGUUAUGGUGGACAGGAGAGUGGAGCAGGAAACUAUUCCAGACCAGACGGCCGUCGUUAUUCACGUCCCUCGGCCAGUUCUCAAUCAUUUGGAGUUGGUGAUUAUCAAUAUCAGUAUUCCCAAUGUAAUGGUAAAAAGAAGGCUUUAUUUAUUGGAAUAAACUAUCUUGGCACUAAGCAACAACUUAAUGGCUGUAUCAAUGAUUGUCACAAUGUCCAAGAAUUUCUUCUUACCCAAGGUUUCAAAAAGGACGAUAUGGUUAUGCUUACUGAUGAUAGCAAGUCAGUUAGAGCUAUUCCUACUAGACAGAAUAUCAUUGAUGCAAUUCAAUGGCUUGUUAAAAAUGCCCAACCUAAUGAUUCUUUGUUCUUUCACUAUAGUGGUCAUGGAGGACAAACUGAGGAUAAAGAUCACGAUGAAGCAGAUGGCUAUGAUGAAGUGAUUUAUCCCUUGGAUUUUGAAAAAGCUGGGUUCAUUGACGAUGAUACUUUACAUCAAUUGUUGGUUAAUCCAUUACCCAAGGGAACCCGUUUAACUGCUCUUUUCGAUAGUUGUCAUUCGGGUUCGGUUUUGGAUUUGCCUUAUAUGUAUCUGACAAAAGGUGUUAUUAAAGAACCUAAUUUAUUACAAGAGGCUGGUGAAGGAUUAUUGGAAACUGUAAAGGCUUAUACCCAAGGUGAUAGUAAGGCUGUUAUACUGGGGAUUAUGGGUGUUGCCAAGAGCUUUAUGAAUAAGGAUCGUGCCAGUGAAGCUAAUGAAAAAACUAAAAAGACAAAGACUUCACCUGCUGAUGUUAUUACUAUGAGUGGUUGUAAAGACGAUCAAACUAGUGCUGAUGCUAAGGAAGGUGGUCAAUCUACUGGAGCCAUGAGUUACGCCUUUAUAAGUGUCAUGAAAAAGGAACCUGAACAAUCCUAUUUGUCUUUAUUGCAAAAUAUGAGACUGAUCUUACUGUCAAAGUAUAGUCAAAAACCCCAAUUGUCUUCUUCACAUCCAAUUGAUACUAACCUACAAUUUAUAAUUUAA